UUAAAAAUAAAACACUAGCGUGACCAGGCUUUUCUCCCAUGAUGCUCAGCUACAAGUCCAGCAUGCAGCGUCUGUCGGCGCUGCACCGCGACCGUCCGGUGACGCCGCUGAGCACCGCCGUCUUCUGGGUGGAGUUUGUGAUGCGACACGGCGGAGCGCGACACCUGCGGCUGGCGUCACAUGACCUGAACUGGUUCCAGUACCACAGCGUGGACACCGGCGCCGCCCUGCUGGUCGCCAUGACGGCCGCCGCCAUCCUCUGCUGGGGGGGCAUCAAGUGCUUCCUGCGACGCUGCAGCAGACGGCGAGGAAGAGAAAAGAGCGACUGAAGACUUUUAUUCAACAAUAAAAGUUUUUAAUAUAAAAUAAAAUACGUGUUUUUUUAUGUAUUUUCAUAUUCUGAUUGUUUAAUACACAUUUUAAUUAUUUUGUUCCAGUUUGAUUAAAAAUGUUGAUUUAAGUUUUAUCAUUGUCAUUAAAGUAAACAAACUGACUUCAGUGUCGUCUCUCUACACACCUGGUG